CUAUUGAUGGGAUUGGGGAAAAUUGACAGGAUGCUUGGCCGCACCAUCAGAUCCCAAGCUCGCCACCUCCGCUCACCUCUCGUGCUCGCGCCGCGUCUUUCAAGCCCCAUGAGCACUACCGCCCCCAAGUUCAAGCUGGCCCUGUGCCAGAUCGCCGUGGGUGAUGACAAGCAGAAGAACAUCGCCACCGCCACCGCUGCCGUGACCGAGGCCGCCCAGAACGCGGCGCAGGUGGUGUCGCUGCCCGAGUGCUGGAACUCGCCGUACGCCACUACGUCCUUCCCGCAAUACGCGGAGGAGAUCCCGGAGAAGAAGGCGGCUCUGAACGAGAAGGACCACCCGUCCACCUUUGCGCUGUCGCAGCUCGCCGCCAAGCUCCAGAUCUAUCUGGUGGGUGGCUCUAUCCCCGAGAAGGAUGCGGCCGGUAAGGUCUACAACACGAGCGUCAUCUUUUCGCCGGAGGGUGAGAUCCUCGGCAAGCACCGCAAGGUGCACCUGUUCGACAUUGACGUGCCCGGCAAGAUCACCUUCAAGGAGUCGGACACUCUGUCCCCAGGCAACAGCUUGACGCUUUUUGACACGCCCUACGGCAAGAUGGGCGUCGGUAUCUGCUACGACAUCCGCUUCCCGGAGCUGUCGAUGCUUAUGAAGAAGCAGGGUGCCAAGGUUCUGCUCUUCCCCGGCGCCUUCAACCUCACCACGGGCCCGGCACACUGGGAGCUGCUGCAGCGUGCUCGCGCUGUCGACAACCAGCUGUACGUGGCAGCGACCUCGCCUGCGCGUGGCCCCGAGGGUGGCUACCAGGCCUGGGGCCACUCCACUGUCAUCUCUCCGUGGGGCGAGGUUGUAGCCACCUGCGGUCACGGUGAGUCCGUCGUGUACGCCGAGGUCGACCUGGAGAAGGUCGAGGAAAUGCGUCGUAACAUCCCCACCACGAACCAGUCGCGCUCGGACCUCUAUGAGCUGGUGCAGAAGUAGACAGUUGAAAAGAACAGAUACCGUCGCAAAGGUUCUUUCAGCUUAUAAACUCGCAGGUUUGAGGGUGGGCGGCAUGACCGGAUAUGAGUACCAUGACGUAACUCAGCAGUGAGAUUUGUGUGGGUAAUACGAUCCCAACAAAAGUGUCUCCUCCAACUAUGCUGUUGCGUUACGUAAAUGAGUUUACACCCUGUCAAGCCACUUCAUCUCAUCGUCGAACAGCGUCCGUGCCUCUUCAGCCUUGGCUUCCUUCUGCUGCUUGAACUGGACAACAGGAGAGUACUAAUUGCAAGCAGAACAAGCAAAACGGUUAGCAUAUUGCCACAGACCAUACUUGGCCCAGCUAACACUUACCUUCAAGUUCAGGUGCUGCGUGACGUUGCGGCGGAUCCACCGCUCCUGGCGUUGGAGUCGGUUCUUCACCGCUUCCACUUUCUUCUUGCCGAUCUUCUGAUUCUCCGAGUUUAAGCGUACAGGUUCCCAGAACAGCACGACUCGCCGCAGAUCGGGCGAGACGUUAGCCUGUACGUUGCAAGAGACACCCACGCCAUCAGCAACUUCGCCCUCUCGGUAGUUACUACGGCUAUCCUGUUGCUCACCUCAAUUAUCGUAGGCACGAUGUCAGCCCCAGACAAAUCUGCAUCCUCAAUCAGUAGGUUCUGCACGAACUCCAGCACGGCGAUACCCACGCUCUCCUGUCGAUAUGUCACGCGCUCAGCCUUGGGCUGUUUCGGUUUCUUCUCCAGUGGAGUCAUGUUCUUGUUUUCUAUUGUAAAAAAAGAGUUCCGGCAAGUGAAAAAGCGCAGCCGUGAGCACGAGAUUAACACUCCCAAUUCGACGAUUCUGUUGACAACGUACUCAGACUCGUGUUCGGCAUCCGCUCAGCGUUCUUGCCCGUCGGCGCACUGUUCGGGUUCAACUCUCCAAGUACUUUCAACAGCUUCUUCUUAGGAAUGCGCUCCGUAGCACGGUCGAUGCCGUCCUCUCCUUCCUCUUCGUCAUCACCGUCAUCUUCGUGGGCGUGGCGCUGGUCGAAAGUGUCCAUUCGCUUCUGAAACUCGGUCGGGUUCAGACGGAAGAGCUCUUCUGCUUCUUCCAGAAACUUCUCGGUCUCUUCAUCGGGGUCCUCGUCAUCGUCGUGUUCAUUUUCUUCCUCGUCGACUAGUUCCAUCGUGUCCGGCAGCUCCUCGUCCUGAGGCUGAGCCUUGCUCGGAUACUGCUUCUGCAUCUCCUCGAACCAUUUAGCAAAUUCUUCGUCGUCAUCCUGGCAAUAGCAAUAUAAGUCAUUUUCAC